AUGCACUUGUUCUCUUCCAAAUCCAAGCCCAGUGCGACCGACACUCUGGAUAACGCGGCUGAUACGGAUGUAUAUCCGGGGGGCCCCUCGCCUGACUCGACCCAGUUCAUGGCCCAGAACGUACCUUCAGUCAGCGAUACUUAUGGCGGCGGCAGCAGAGGGAUGAUAGAUCAGGUCGACCAAACUCGUAUAACAGAUCCAGUGGACGAAAUACAACCAGGCUUCACGGCCGACCCGAUUGACGAAGGUUUCUCAGGUGGUGUAGAUGUAGCUCGACAGCCUUCAGUGGCUGGCGCAGGAUCGCCCCUUCCCACCAGACAUGCGCCCACCGACCAACGCGGUUUCGGAUCCUCAUCUCAUGCUGAACCACAGCCCCUGACCAUUCAGGAGGAAUCUGCAGGUCAAGCCGGCAAUCCACGCAAUCCACUUGCGAACGACACAAUGACGAAUGAGAGAUCUGGAUUUCAACCGUUUGGCGUCCGGGAUGAUCCUAACGCAGCCAUCGCCUCGCUUAACAAUGCUUAUGAUGCGCAAAAUGCUCCUAUCACAGAGUCCAGUCCCCGCUCAGCCAUAGCGCCUGCCCAGUAUGAUGCUCCCGUCUCUGGUGGAUUGGCACGGAACACGUCCAUCAGCCAACAGGCAGAUGGGUUCCAGCAGGCAUCUGUCGGAGCGAAUAAUGCAGGCAAGACUGGGGUUGAGAAUGCAAGCGGCGGUGCGUUUGUAGGAGGUGCCGCCACCGCUUCGAUGGCGCAGCGGGAGAUAGAUCCCACUGUACAACAAAGGAUGUCAGCCGCGGACGAAGGACUUGGACAAAAGAGCAGAGCGAAGAUCGCUAAAGAAGAACAUAAACAUGGUCGGACGCUGUCGAAGGUCAUCAGAAGUGAGGCAAUGGCAGAGAAGCAAGCCCUUGAAGUCGCGAUCAAGCAACUCGGAGAGAUACAGAGGAUACAGAAAGAGGCAGUCAAGGAAGAGUCCCAGUCGCAUACGAUGCAAUCCCGCGCCCUCAGCGAAGCGCACAAAUCCGAAAUGCAGUUCAUGGCCGCCCGCACUGCGCACGAACGUGGUCAAGCCGCGCUCAAGGCUGCUGAACAGGCUCUCGAGGCGAGUCGAAAACAUGCUCGAGAGACGACUGAGAUGCUGCGAGACAAGAUGGACGAGGUUGAAAGGUUGCGGAUGAUGAAACAAGCCGACGACAGAGAAGGGGCGGUCAAGAUGAAGGCAUUAGUCGGCGAGAAAAGUGGGUUUAGCAGAUUGCUCGGGAAAAGCACGUCUUGA